UUCAGUAGAUUAGGGGACUGAGUUCAAGAACCACGAGGUAAUGUUACAACUUGAUAAAACUCUGGUUCGAACUUUGUAUUGUGGAGUAUAGGGCAUAGAUUGAGUGAACAGCCGGAACCUCUUUCUCAUGGUGACAAUGACCAAUACCAGAGGACGUCCAUUUUAGGAGAGUGGAAGAAAGUUUCAGGGAGAUAUAAGAGUCAUAUCUAUCUGAGGACAGACAGGUCCUGACUGUGUGUCAGUGAAUAAAAUGCCGUGGACAUUGAUUCUUCUGAUUGGUUUCCUACCUGUUUCAGGUGCAUUGUGGGCAGUGAAAUAUAUCGGAGGAUAUGUGGGAAGAGCGAUCACAAUCGAUUGUCACUAUGAAGCACAGUACCGCUCAGACACAAAGUAUUGGUGCCAUGGAUGGACUCUGCAAUGUUCAGUUUUAGUGAAAACAAAAGGGCAACACGGACGGAGGGGACGAGUGUCAAUCACAGAUAACCCAGAACGGGGAAUAUUUACUGUUACUAUGGAGGAUCUUCACUCUGGAGAUGCAGGAUGGUACAGCUGUGGAAUUUCAACACCAGGUUUUGAUCCAUUGUUUAACGUACAACUGAAAGUAUCUGAUGAACUCAUGUCUGCUCCUGUGGUUCGAUAUCUGUCACCAGCAAAUGUCUCACGUCUCGGGGGCUCAGUGUCACUUUCCUGUGAGUCCUUCCAGGGAUCCCUUCCCAUUCAGUACAGGUGGUAUGAACAAACCUCAUCUGGGUAUCCAACGAUCUCAGAUACCAAUGAACUGACUCUACAUUGUCAAUCCUUCAACCACACACACCAUCAAUAUUACUGCAGUGCCUCAAAUCGGUUUGGAGCAAGAUCCAGUGCAAUGUUUAAUGUGACAGUCUUCAACAAUGGAAAGAUCUGCAGUUACGUGACAGAAAUCAAUGACACUAUUUCAGGUGCUUUAUGGACAGAAGAUAAAGUAAGAGGAGUUGUGGGAAGUACGAUCACAAUCGAUUGUCACUAUGCGCCAUUGUACCGUUCACACAAAAAGUAUUUGUGCCGUAUGGGGGAUCGUCAGUGCACAUUGUUAGUGAAUACAAAUGGCACAAAUAAGCAGAAUGGAAGAAUGAGAAUCAGAGAUAACACAUCCCAGGGAAUAUUUACUGUUACUAUGGAGAAUCUUGUCUCUAAUGAUACAGGACAUUACAGAUGUGGAAUUUCAACAUCUGGCCAGCAUCCAGUGUUUGAUGUGCAUCUCCAAGUAUCUGCCGGGUCAAAGCAUGUCCAUGUAAAUACUAAGACUGGAUCGAUAACAACUGCACAAAAACCCACUUACAUAAUUGUGCUCACUGUCACUGGGAUUCUGCUCAUACUACUUGUCAUUUGUCUACUUUGUUACCUGAGGAGAAAAAACAGGGAAUCCAACCACAACACAUCUCACAGAGGAGGCAACAAUGAAACCCAGGAAAUGGCCAUGUUGGAAGAAAACAUCGUUUAUGCAGAUAUACACCAUGCUCGAAACAAUGAGGCAGCUGCCCAGUCGGCUGACAAUGAAAAUGGAACUGUGUAUGCAAACAUGAAAUUUAAAAGGAAGUCAAGAGCAGGACGCUCUGUUAUGUACGAGGACAACCCCACCUAUGCAGAUAUCAAAUUUCAAAGCCAAAGCACAAGGCCCAAAUACAAAGCUUUCUCUCCUGGUACUCCAUAGGACCCAGAAUCAGUUUGACAAAAUCAUUAUGUGGAUUAAGGCAGAAGAGUUACGCUCAGAGGCCACUUUAUUUGGUACAGUUGUUAAUGCAAAUACCUAAUCAGCCAAUCAUGUGACAGGAACUCGAUGCAUAAAAACAUGCAUGUUGGCAUGUUGUGCAUUGAAAGGUGUCCUUCUGCACACCACUGUUGUAAUGCAUGUUUGUUUGAGUUACUGUCACCUUCCUGUCAGCUUAAACCAGUUUCGCCAUUGUCCUCUAUUGGACCUCUGUUUAUUUACUGAUCCUUCGGGUUCGUUCAGGAGUCAGGAAUGACAAGCAGUCUUAAUUCUAAUGAUCAUUUAUUUUAAAGUACAAAUAAAUGUACAAAUAUGAAGCAACACACACAAAAUUCUGGAGUAACUCAGCAGACUAAGGAAAGUAGAUGUGUGAGAAAUUAUGCUAGGAGGUAGAUGAACGUCAAAGGACGCAAAGUCAAAUAGAUGGCGCCUCUGAAAAAUCCAUGACCUUUAUAGUUAAGAUCAGGAAAAUUCCUUCAAUAAAAAUAAACUAGCUAAUAGAGAACAUAAUUAAAAUAAUUACCUCCUGUGGGUAACCUGCUAGUACUUAGUCAAUGAAAAGUGAGGAAGGUGAUAAACCAUUAGUUUAACUGCUAUACCAAUUUCUGCCAGUGAGUGGGGAUGAGCCACCACAUACUGUGAAAAAUACAUGAAUUUGUUAAAAUGUACAAAUCUUAUUAAAAAAGUAUUGUUUAAAAAAAAGCAGUGGUUUCCAACACCCCUGACCUCUCUCACUAACCAGGCAUUGCUACACAGAACUGGAAUUUUUUAAAAAAUCACUUACGUCACAUUUCUUCUCCAUUCCAGACUUUGGUCUGAACAACAGCUGAACCCCUUGAUCAUAUGUGUAUGCCUUUAUGCAUUGCGUGGUUGCCACAAGAUUGGCUGAUUAGGUAUUUGCUUUAGCGAACAGGUGUAUAGGUGUACCUAAUAAACUGGCCAUGGAGUGUAACACUUCUGCCUGAAUCCAUCCACAUAAUUAUUCUGCAGAGCUGAUUCUGAGCUGCUUCUUCCACACUUACCCCUCCUCCAGUUCCUCUUCACAGGCAAGUAUAAUCCAUUGGCAAUGAGCAUCUGAAUCCAAAUCAUCUGUGUGUUACUACCCAUUAAGCCACUGGCACUCAGGCAGCAUUGAAAGUCCUCCAUCUCUGGUGGUGUUCAGGGCUUCCUUCAUCGUGUCGGUAGCCUUCUCUCAGUUUUCAUUAUAGGGCCUGUAUUGUGUUGUAGGUUUUUAGGUUUCUAUGCUAGUCAUGCAAGUCCCAGGUUGAGGCUCAGGAAUACUAUCACACUCAGAUAUAGAAGGAUACUUCAAAACCCAGACUCCAGCACCAUCACCGCGGGUUCCAACGACCAUGGAUUGGCCUCGGCCGUCGAUCUCGGCUGCCCCAGCGACCCAGGGCAUAUUCAAAACCCGGACGCCAGAACCAACAACGAGGGUUCCAACGACCAUGGACAGCUUCAAAGUGAUUGCGCAACCACCAACUGCGACUCCAGCCUUGAACUCCAGGCCGGGUCUUCACAUGCUGCGAUUGUGACUCCCGUCUCCCCUUCCCCCACCACCACUCUGCAAUCCCCUCUCCCUCUAAAGCAGUGGUUCCCAACAUGGGGCAUACGCCCCACAGUGGGGUAAUUUGAUUUUUAAGGGGGGCAAUUCAAGAAUGAGUUAUUAACAGUGAAUUUUUUUCUAGUAAGUCUGUGUGAGUAUGAGUGUGUGUGUGAGUUAAUACAUAUGUGUAUAUACAAUAUGCAUACAUAAAAAUACUUGUGUGUAUGUACAUGUGUAAUUGCGUAUGUACUGCAUAUAUAGUGUAUCACCAUCAUUACAACCAUCAAAUGGCUUUCAUAAUUAAAUUAAUGAAUUGACUGAUGUAGGAAGGAAUGAAUGAACAAGUCCAAACGUGUAAGAAACUCGCACGAGGUCGCGCCAAUGCUGCUUUUUGCAGUAGCUUUCAGUUCUUGGUGGUGUGAAGGUGUGUACAUUGCGUCAUCUCUUUUAAACGGUGUAUCGGUCUUUGUAUGCUGUAGAAACGAAUCGGCAUUGUUUUAUUUAUUUAUUAUUAUUAUUAUUUUAAUAUGUUCUUUUUUUUACAAUUUCUUAGUAAUUUCUUCCUCAGAACAGUCCUUUGGUUCUUUUAUUUUUCUCUUUCAUGAAUGCCAUGUUCUUUGCAAGCUUGUUUAAACCAAGUUAACGGUCUUUUAGGCUUCCUCCAGGUGAACAGGAGUUCACUUUUUGAAUAAUAAGAAUUAUAUAUCACCACAGGGGGCAUCAGGAUUUUAGAGGUUAUUAGGUGGGGCAUGGCCAAAAAAAGGUUGGGAACCACUGCUCUAAAGAGUCUUACUACCUUUCCUUUUAGUUAGUCCUGACGAAGUGUCUCGGCCCGAAACGUCAACAGUGCUUCUCCUUAUAGAUGCUGCCUGGCCCGUUGUGUUCCACCAGCAUUUUGUGUGUGUUGUUUGAAUUUCCAGCAUCUGCAGAUUUCCUCGUGUUUCAUGCCAUCAGUUUGGAGGUUAACCAGAUGGAAAAUAAGCUUUUGCUCCUCCACCCUGAGGAUGGCGUCAUCUGAUUAUAUACUGCCAUAGGUGAGACAACAGAUAAAUGGUGAAGUUAAAUUGUACUUAAUGAAACCUUCAGGAUAAAAUCAAGGGAGCCAUUAAGUUGUUGUCUUCUGUAUAACACAGUGUGAAGGCACAUACCUGCUUUGUAUAGUCAAGGGUUCAUUGCUCAGCUCUGCAAUAGAAGAUGUAUUUCUUGGAAGUCUGGUGUUUAUGCUCAGAAGCUCUUGGACCAGCCACUAGUCUAUUCAGAUGUGCUGAUCAUUUGGAAUGUUCUCCCAUUGUAAAUAUGCAAGUUGCCCAUCUAUUUUCAAAAAUUAAAGUCAAAUGUUGGGUAACAAUAGCUAUUAAAAUGCAUUUAAUCUCUUAUUUUUUUCUUUUUGUUGACCAAGUAUAAAACAUCACUGUACCGAUGUUGGGAGUGAGCAGAAAUAGAUUCUCUAGAUCUGCUGUGUUCAAUAUGUUCUUUUGUAUCUCACACGUUCGGUUUCCGUGAGGCUCAGUUCAGCACUCACAACAAUUUCAUAGAGCUACAGAGCAAUAUAGCAUGGAUAAAGGCCAUUCAGCCCAGUCUCUGCCUGCUGACUGCAGUGCACACCCCAGUUGGUCUCAAUUCAUGAAGGGCAAUUCAAGUGAGCACGCACCAGUGCACAACAAGGGAUCAGCAGUGGAAAGGGUGGGCAGUUUCAAGUUCCUCAGUGCCAACAUCUCUGAAGAUCUAUCCUGGGCCCAACAUAUUGAUGUAAUUAUAAAGGAGGCACGACAGCAGCAUAAUUCCUAAGAAGUUUGAGGAAACCUGGCAUCCUGGCAUGUAGUCAGUGAUACUCACAGAUUUCUCCAGGUGUUCCGUGGAGAGCAUUCUAACUGAUUGUGUCACUGUCUGGUAUGGAAGGGCCACUGCACAGGAUCUGAGAAAUCUUCAGGAAGAUGUGAACUCAGCCAGCUCCAUUGUGGGCACUACCCUGACCAGCAUUGAGGACACCUUCAGAAGCCGAUGCUUCAAAAAGGCAGCAUCCAUCAUUGAGGACCCCCAUUACCAAGGACAGGCCCUCUCCUCAUUGCUAUCAUCAAGAAGAUGUUACAAAAGCUGUAAACUGAUUAUCUGUUAUUUGUGAAGCGGGGUGCCAUGCGCAAUCAUAAUCGAUUGAAAACAGAUGUGGAAGCAUGGAGAAAUAUCAGGAAAUUUCAGGAAGACCUUCUUCGUUGCUGCUGCUGCUGUGAGGUCCAGGACUCUGUUGGGAAGAACAGGCCCCCAGUCCUCAGGGUCGCGCUGCUGAUGGCCGUUAGCGGGGCUGUCUAAAUACGCUCGGCAGAGGAUGGUGCUCGGAGAAGCUGUGCCGGAGGGGAUGGUUGUCGGCCCGGAGGGUCGACGGACUCAAGUCACUUUCGGUGUGUGCUGUGUCUGUGAGGCUGGUUUUGACGGAGCUUCCAUUGUGUGCUGCGUCUGCGAGGCUGAAUCAGGCGGCGCCUUGGAAGUCCAUAGUGGGGGUAUUCCCUUCUGCCGCCGGCGUGGAAUGGCGAGUCUGUCGGGACUCUGGGGACUUGUGGAAACUGUGUGGUGAUUUCUUUUGAACUUACAGACCUUUAACAUCUUGAACUAUUUUUACUGUGCCCAUAGUCUGUUUUUUUUAUCAAUUAUGCUAUUGUUUGCACUGUUGUAACUAUGUGGUUUUGUGCAGGUCUUGUAGCUUUAGUUUUUGGUCUUGUUUUCUCUGGUGGCUUUGGAGCUCCUUUCCGGGAAACGGUCUAGACGGUAGCAUGAUAUUAAUACACAACAGCCUCUCCAGACUCUGGAUUGGGGAUUGCCAAAUGUUACGUGGAUUUUCUGGUGUAGUCUGUUUUGUCAUAUGCUUUUGUGAUAUAAUUCUGGGGGAAUGUUGUCUCAUUUUUUAACUGCAUUGCAUUUGUGGUUUCUAAAUGACAAUAAACUGAAUCUGAAUCUGAAUCUGAAACAAACAGUCAAUGUUUCAGAAACAGUUUCAAUCCUUCCGCCAGCAGACUUCUAAACGGACAGCACACUCAUGAGCAUUACCUCACUAUUUCUCCUCUCCUUUUGCAUUGCUUAUAUAUAGUAACUUGUGCUUUUUAUUAUUAUGCAUAUCAAUAUACCUCUGAUGCAAAACAACUAAUUUCACUACAGAGCAGAUAUUAAACGUGAUUCUGAUUCUGAUUUUCUGCACUCAGCCCUCAUCUUUCUAAACCCUGCCCUUCCAUGUCCCCAUUCAAGUGCUUCUUAAAUGGUACUUCUGUUCCUACCUCAUUACUUCUUCUG